AUGAUUGACCAACGAAUUUUUGAGGAUCUUCAAACGAAGAUUGACGAGGAGACCACUGUCCGCGACGAACUGCACGAUAUUGUUCAGACGCUCGCGCGCAAGGGACGCUCUACGCAGGCCAUUCUCGCAAGGGCCCAUUCCACACCAUCUGAGCAGAUCAAGUCUGUCCUCGACGAUGCCACUGUCGCGAUCAUUGCUCAGAAGGAAGAGGUUUUCCGCCUGAAGGCUGUUGCCGAUAAGCACCCAUUUUACAAGUACAAUGGUGUCUGGACCCGGGAGCUUCAGAACUUGGUUUCUUCUAUCGAGCUUUGCGCAUGGCUGGGUGGCUUUCAGGAACACAAAGGUCCUGAAUCAAAGUCUUUCAUGACUAUUGAGGAUGUUGGCAAAUUCCUGGAAGUUCCCUUCAACUUGAAGGAGAAGGAUGCCUUCCACUUGACCAUUGAGGAGUAUCUUCUGGCUUUGAUUUCCAUGGUUGAAGAACUGUCUCGCCUGGCCGUCAACUCGGUUACCCUGGGUGACUUUGAACGCCCUGUCCAGAUUGGAGCUUUCGUCAAGGAACUGUUCUCUGGAUUCCAGUUACUGAACCUGAAGAACGAUAUCCUCCGAAAGCGAAGCGAUGGUAUCAAGUACAGUGUCAAGAAGGUCGAGGACGUUGUCUACGAUCUCUCCUUGCGCAACCUCAUUCCCAAAGGCUCUGAGGCAUAA